GCUUAUGCUUGGAAUUCGUUAUUUUGAAGUUUUAAACAACAAAUAUUUUUUAAGAAAUUUGUUAUGCAUUAUAAAAAAUGAAUUCUACAUCAGAUUUUUCUGAAUUAAGGAAAAACAUAGUACAGAAUGAUCUGUUUUUAAGAAGGACACAGAGUGCUGCCAAGAAGAAGCCUAAUAUUCCAAAGAAAAUAAUUCCAUUAGUUCCUUUAAAUUUCGAUGAACUUAAGAGGGAAAUUGCAGAAGCUGAAGAGUUAGAAAAGCUUGAUAAGUUAAAUUCAAGAACAGAAGAGAGUAAACAGCAUGAGAGGUCUUCUACUAAUGAUAAUAUUUUCCAUAGACAUAAAAAACCGGAUAAAAUUGGACCAAGACUAGAUUCUUCUGAUGGUUUUAAAACACUUGAAAAAAUCAAAGAAGCUGAAACAGAGGAAAAUCUACAACAUCGUAAGGAAAAUGUUGAACCUGAACAGCCUAUAAAGAUUAUUUCAGCAACUAAAGAUAAUGAUAGCUUCGAUUUAGACUUUAGUGCUUUAUCUUUGCACACACCAAUGAAGAAGCAAAUGAUACCAGAAACACCAAACACCAGAAUUGGGAAACGUAAUCAGUUGGUUCCAACUUUUAACAAUUUUACUACACCAACAGUAAAAAGCAUUCCUUCGAAAAUUCACUGUAGUGUUUCAGGCAGUGCAACGUUAGCCAGUGCGUCUAAAAAGUUCAUAAACAAACCUGAAAAAGCUUUAAACAGUGUGAAUAAUGUUAUAUGUUCCAUCCCAAGGAGUGUUCCAAACGAUCAAACAUUUAAUAGGAUAUUGGUUAACAAUGUGGAAUAUCUAAUACUGAACUUAUUGGGAAAAGGUGGAAGCUCUGUUGUAUAUCAAUGUUUUUGCAUAGACAGAAAGCUUCUAGUAGCCAUAAAAUGUGUUAAUUUGGACGAUACAGUCACUGCUCAGGGUUUCAUCAAUGAAGUACAAUUAUUGCAGAGAUUACAUUCAUGCGACAGAAUCAUCAGACUGUAUGAUUAUCAAAUUUCCGAAGCUGAGAAGAAACUAUAUAUGGUUUUAGAGAAAGGCGGUGAAGAAUUUUCAACAGUAUUAAAAAACUUGGGUAGUAACAAGGCAAACAUUCCAUUAUAUAUGUUGUUGUUUUAUUGGAUGGAAAUGUUACAAGCUGUUAGCCAGAUUCACUCCCAUGGAGUGAUACAUUCCGAUCUAAAACCUUCAAACUUUCUAUGGGGUGAUAAAGGUUUAAAACUGAUAGAUUUUGGUAUAUCUUCUAGUGUUCAAAGUGAUAUGACAAGUGUAUUUAAGACUCUUGCUGCAGGUUCCUGUAAUUAUAUGAGCCCUGAGGCAUUAAGCAAUGAUGGUGGUUCAAGUCCUGGUAAAACGAGAUACAAACUACAUUAUAAAUCUGAUGUUUGGUCGUUGGGGUGUAUUCUGUACGAACUUGUUUAUAAGGCACCUCCUUUUCAUCACAUAAAACAAUUGUGGACAAAGUUGGCAUUUAUUAUGGACCCCAAACACCAAAUACAGUAUCCAGAAGCGAAUUGGGUUCCUCCAAAAAUUAUACAAACCAUUAAGAAAUGUCUACAGUACAAUGUUAAAUCUCGACCUUCGGUUAAUGAACUCUUAGAUGAAUAUGAUAAAGAGCUGUGCAAUAUGUAAUUAUAAUAAUUGAUUUAUUGCA